CUGUCAGGGAGGGACCCGGCACCAAGUUGGUCGGGAAAGGUGAGCCGGCCGCCUGUGUGUUUGAAGGGGAGCCGAGGAGGUCCGAGCCGUGCUGGCCGACAGUAGGGCUCGGCCAUGGUUGCGGCGUCGGUGAUGCGUACUUUGCGCAGGAACAGGACUCUGCGCUACGGAGUCCCCAUGCUGUUGCUGGUUGUUGGUGGUUCCUUUGGUCUUCGUGAGUUUUCACAAAUCCGAUAUGAUGCUGUGAAGAUAAAGAUUGAUCCUGAACUGGAAAAAAAACUGAAAAUGAAUAAAAUAUCUCUAGAGUCAGAGUAUGAGAAAAUAAAGGACUCCACUUUUGAAGACUGGAAGAAUAUUCGAGGCCCUAGGCCUUGGGAAGAUCCUGAUCUCCUCCAAGGACGAAAUCCGGAAAUUCUAAAGACUAAGACAACCUGACUAUGAUCAUUAAAACAAAAAAACAACAAAACAGCUUUAUGCACUGGACAGACUUCUGUUCCCUGGGAAGAAAAUUGCAACUCCAACUGUACCUGGACAUGAGUAAUUUGUUCUAGUUCCCUGGAAAGAAAAUUGCAACUGCAGCUGUACCUGGACAUGAAUAAUUUGAUGGCAGAUAAUUGUGAUUAUAAAGUCAAUGACAAGUCUUUUUACUUUUCAGCUGGUCCACUUGCAAAUGAAGGUAGCAGUGUUGACCAUGUAUAUACACUUCACAGUACAGCAGUGAGCACUGCUACCAGAGUCCCAGUUAGCCACUCAGCCCUUUCCCCAGCCACGACGACAACAUUGUGCCAUUUCAUUCAAAGAGAAUAGUAGGCCUGUCCAAAUUUUUAUGGUAAAAUUGAGCAAUAUAUUUAUAUUAAACCUACAUAAGAAAAUAA